AUGGCUGCAGAGAAUAGACACUCUGGGAGGGACAUGAAAAUGGAGUCUAGGACUGGGUCGCACAUGGACUCAAGACAAAAGCAUAACCUAAGUUUAAAACCUCAAUACCGAAGAGUUAUUAACAGCGUGGGUGAGGAAAGUAUAACACAUCAAGUUAUUUUUAACCAUUCUGGAUCCAGAUUACAGCGAAAACCUGAACUGAAAGAACCAGAAUUUAAUGCAAUAUCCUUGUAUCGUGAAGGAAAUAGCAUUGUUGAAUGCUCCCGUGAAAGGAUCGUCCCUUCUGAACAUUGGUUCCUUCCUAAUCAUGGAUCAUGCAUCCAAGUGAAGCUGCAAAGAGGGGAGAAAAUUUUAAAAGAGCUAUUCUGCCGACAGUGGACAUCUGACAGUUAA